CUAUGAUAAGAAAUCAAAAACACCAGUGGCCAUCAAAAUUAUCGAUCUCGAAAGCGCCGAAGAUGAGAUCGAGGAUAUUCAACAAGAAAUAGCCAUUCUAUCACAAUUGGAUUCUCAGUAUGUCACGAGAUAUUAUCGUUCAUUUCUCAAGGGGACUUAUUUGUGGAUUAUCAUGGAAUAUUGCUCAGGCGGGUCUUGCUUGGAUUUAAUGAAACCUGGAGUCUUCAAAGAAGAAUACAUAGCGAUCAUAUUGAGGGAAUUACUUAAAGGCUUGGACUAUCUUCAUUCGGAGAAUAAACUUCACAGAGACAUAAAAGCUGCAAAUGUUCUUUUGAGUUCCACGGGUGAUGUAAAGUUGGCGGAUUUUGGAGUGUCAGGACAGAUCACGGCAACCAUGAGAAAGAAGAGUACUUUUGUUGGAACACCGUUUUGGAUGGCACCUGAAGUCAUCGAACAGGCGGGAUACGACUUUAAGGCGAGUGCGGAUAUUUGGUCCUUGGGAAUAACCGCUAUCGAACUUGCGAAGGGCGAACCUCCGUAUGCCGAUCUUCAUCCAAUGAAAGUUCUUUUUCUCAUUCCCAAAACUUCAGCACCUACACUGGAGGGUCAGUUCUCGAGGGCAUUCAAGGAAUUUAUUUCGCUGUGCUUAGAGAAAGACCCUAAUAAUAGACCAUCAGCGCGAGAAUUGCUCAAGCAUAAAUUUAUUCGUAGUGCAAAGAAAACCUCUUAUUUAACAGAUAUAAUUGAACGAUACGAAAGAUGGUUGGCUGAGGGUGGUGGGAAGAAUGAUUCAGACGAUUCAGAUCAUUCAGAGAACGGUGCCGAGUACAACGAAGUCACAACAUGGGAAUUCCCAAGGCAAAUCACUCCAACUUCGUCUGACGAUGAAUAUUCAGAUGAUAAUGCCACAAUUGGACCCGCAAAGGGGAAACAAACAAUGGCGAUGAAAACUAAUGAUUCCGGUUAUGAAACAAUCAAGCAUGUAAAUUCAGUCAGAGUAGAUAAUUACGAAGACCCUUAUUCGGAUCAUACUGAACUAUUGGUGACUGGCCCAGCCGUUUUUAAAAAAGUCAUUGUUCCUUCUAUUGAAAAGUUGAAAAAGAAAGCACCUUCCCCAAAAGCCCAGUUUACUUUGGACGCUUUGAAAAGGGCCUUCGAGGAUUGCGAAAGGGAAAAUCCGGGAAUAUCCGAACAAGUUAUGCAUGCGGUACUCAAUAGAUAUGAUGAGGUGAAUCCUUGA